AUGAAAGAUAGUAUUCAACUCGAGAAUGAUACAGUUUCGUUGGCAGAUGUUUUAGCGCCAUUGGUUAGAGAUCAAUUGGAUUUAGGUGAUAGUGUGCAAUUAGAUAAUGUACAAGAACAACAGCUGCCACUGUUAUCAAAGCAACAACUACCAAUCAAAACGGUUCGUUCCUUAUUAAAAACAGACACUGAUCCUGACGCGAUUGAAUCAUUAGAAUUAGUGUUAAACAGUGUUGUCAAAGUCUUUUGCACUUCAAUACCAUGCAAUUUUUAUUUACCUUGGCAAAUGAAACGUCAGGAAGCUACAACGUCUUCAGGCUUUAUAAUAAAAAAUCGAUGGAUUCUAUCAAAUGCUCACGCCGUUACAAAUGCGUCAAGUAUUCGUAUUCGAAAACAUGGCGAUGCUGAAAAAUACCCUGCACGUAUAUUGUACAUUGCACAUGAAUGUGAUUUAGUUAUUAUGACUGUUGAUGACAACAAAUUUUGGAUUAAAUUAGAAUCUUUGACAUUUAGUGAUAAUGUUCCUAGAUUACAAGAAUCAAUAACAAUUGUUGGAUUUCCAAUAGGUGGUGAUAAUUUAUCAGUGACAAAAGGUGUCGUUUCGAGAGUUGUUAUGUCAACAUACUCGCAUUCACUUGAAUCUUUGUUAACAAUACAAAUAGAUGCUGCAACAAAUCCUGGGAACAGUGGAGGACCAGCUAUUCAAGGUAAACAUGUUGUUGGCAUGUCAUUUCAAGGUCAAAGUCAAGCUCAAUCAAUUGGAUAUAUAAUACCUGUAUCAGUAAUCAAGCAUGUAUUAGAUGAUAUUGAACUGCAUAAUAAAUAUACAGCAUUUCCAACAAUGAGAUUUUAUUAUCAAUCAAUGGAAAAUCCAUCAUAUCGCGAAUACUUGAAACUGAAUGAGGAUCAACAUGGUAUCUUAGUAACAUCGGUUGAACCAGCAUGUGUUCUUAGCAAAGUAUUAAAAAAAGAUGAUGUUAUCACAGCUAUUGACAAUGUGCCUAUUGCCGAUGAUGGGACAGUCUAUUUUCGUCGUGGUGAAAGACUUAGUUUUAUCUAUUUACAAAAAUUAAAAUUUGUGGAAGAUACAAUUACAUUUACAAUUAUAAGGCAAGGUAAAGAAUUAACACUAACAAGUCCAUUGGAUAAUAAUCCAACCCUUGUUCCAUUACAUUCUCACGAUAAACAUCCAGAAUAUCUAAUUUAUGCUGGAAUUGUAUUUACAGUAUUAACCCGAUUUUAUUUAUAUGAAUUUGGUAAAUGUGAUUGGUAUCAGAAAGCUCCAAAAAAUUUAAUUAAUUUAGCAUUACAUGAUCAUUUACAAGAAAUAAAUCAGCAAAUUAUUAUUAUUAAUCAAAUACUUAUUGAUGAUGUUAAUCACGGAAUAACAUCAGAUUUUGCAAAUUGUGUACUGAAAACUGUCAAUGAUGUUGAAAUUCUAAAUAUGAAGCAUCUAGCUGAAUUAAUUGAUAAAAUAUCAAAUGAUGAAGAUGAUUCUUAUAUUCGAUUUGGAAUCGAGAGAAACAGAUUUAUAGUGAUUUCAUGCAAACGAGCUAAACAAUCAGAAGCAAGAAUUUUAAAACAAAAUUCAAUAGCACAACCAAGAAUGUGA